AUGAUAGAUGUGAGGAUUCUAAAUGGAUGCCAGGGUGUGGGCUUCCCCCGCCUCUUGAGUCACGUCCUCUCCCACGAAUCCCCCUCUGAGCUUCGGGUGAAGCCGGGGACCCUGAACACUCGACCGCAGCCUUCUUCUCUCGUUUUCGGUGUUCGACCCACCCUUGUGACUCCUCCUAUUGGGUUGCAUUACCAUGGGGGAUGGAAGUGCACCGGUGGCCGGGGGAGAGGAUGCAUCGCCAUCACCGCUGCUGCCGUUUUUCACUCCCUAUCUCAGGGAAAUAUCGUCGUGCUAGUCUCGGACGAAGAGAUUCGGAAUAUCUUCACUGAAGCUCUCGGAAUGAUGGGCUCGAAGGUUGGGUCGACGGCUAGGGAACCACCACGGAUCUAUCGAGUAAAGGAUUACCGUGGCUGCGAGAAUUCCGGCGUGAUGUGCGUGGGGGUGGAGGACGCAUGGAUGGUGGAGGGGAUAUCCCGAGCCAUCCAGACCCUCUUCAUUGUCGACGGGGGAACAUCUGCUGCAGCACAAAGUCGGAUGGGCCUCUGGAUGGAGAUGGACAGAAGAGGCCUUCUCCUUCAUCGCCCUUUACCAUCCUCCAAUGUCCUUGAAUCACUCUCCGAUGAUGACUGGAGGGCAUUGGAUGAAAAAAGCCUUUUUCUAAAGAUCCCUAAGGAUACGGAGAUGGAUGAAGAUGCAAGGAGAGGGAUUUCUUCUCCAGAAGGUAAUUCCAAACCAGUAGCCAGUCUCACAAUCAACAUCAUUUCUAUUUGA